AUGUUGCAGUACGCUGAGCUCGUCCGGCUUGAGUGGCAGCUCCUCAUGACGACACAGGGAGAGUGGUAUGGAUGGAAGCCGGGAGUGUUUGACCCGGUGUUUGACCCGGUGUUUGACCCGGUGUUUGACCCGGUGUUUGACCCGGUGUUUGACCCGGUGUUUGACCCAGUGUUUGACCCAGUGUUUGACCCAGUGUUUGACCCAGUGUUUGACCCGGUGUUUAACCCGGUGUUUGACCCGGUGUUUGACCCAGUGUUUGACCCAGUGUUUGACCCAGUGUUUGACCCAGUGUUUGACCCAGUGUUUGACCCAGUGUUUGAGCCGGUGUUUGACCCAGUGUUUGACCCAGUGUUUGACCCAGUGUUUGACCCAGUGUUUGACCCGGUGUUUGACCCAGUGUUUGACCCAGUGGGGCGCUGGCAUUAG